GAUCGAAGCCGAAGGUGAUCGAUUCUCCUCCUCUCAGUCUAUUAAUUGUGGACAUGCACAAGCUGUCGCUGUUAAUUGCGCUCGGCGCACUAUGCGCCGUGGCGAAGACCGCGGAUGCCGCCGCUUACACCGGUUCUCGUACCGCGGACAUGGACUUCCUCAACAAGCAGAAGAAGAUCUUCGAUCUUCUCCUAUACGUGAAACAGGCGGACCUGAUCGACGCCGAAUGGUACGAGAUCGGCAAGAACUACAACCUCGAGAACAACAUCGACGUGUACAAAGACAAGAAUGUCGUAGAGAAAUUCCUGUGGUGGUACAAGCAAGGCAUGUUCACGUCCCGCGACGCGAUCUACACGCCGUACAACAAGGAACAGUUGUACGAGAUGAAGAUGCUGUUCGAGCUGUUCUACAAUGCCAAGGACUUCCAGACGUUCUACAAGACCGCCUGCUGGGCCCGGCUAAGAAUGAACGCCGGCAUGUUCACGAACGCGUUCACGAUAGCGGUGUUCUACAGGCCUGACUGCAAGUACAUGAGGCUGCCCGCGAUCUACGAGAUCUUCCCCAAUUUCUUCUUCGACUCCAGCGUGAUACAAGAAGCGCAGUACCUGAAAAUGUCCAGAGGUGGUAGCGCGAGCAGCGGUAUGAACAAUAUCGAGACCUACAUGGUGAACGCGAACUACUCCGGCAAAUACGUGAUGCCAUACCAAGACGAAGAGUACAAAUUGGACUACUUUAUGGAGGACAUCGGUCUGAACUCGUAUUACUAUUACAUGAGACAGCUGUUCCCGUUCUGGAUGAGCAGCAACAAGUACGGUAUACCCAAGGAGUUCCGAGGACAGUUCUAUUAUUACUUCCACAAGCAACUGAUGGCCAGAUACUACCUCGAGAGAAUAUCAAACGGUCUAGACAGGAUCAACGAAUUCGAUUGGUACAAACCUAUUUACCCUGGAUAUUACUCUACUUUGACGUUCCCCAAUGGUAUCGCUCUACCCCCGAGAAACAGAUACUCCAACGUGCCGUAUUACAAGUACAAGUAUCUUAAAGAGAUCAACGCCCUGGAGAUGCGCAUAAUGGACGCUAUCGACUCCGGUUAUUUGAUAGACGAACGCGGCAAGAAGAUCGACAUCUAUACUCCAGAAGGGUUGAACUUCCUCGGCAACGUGAUUGAAGGAAACAUGGAUUCGUGCAAUAAGAGAUUCUACGGCAUGUACGACGCCCUGGCACGCGACAUCCUCGGCUUCAGCUUCGACUACGAGAACAAGAACAACGUGAUUCCUAGCGCACUUCAAUGUUACUCUACUAGCAUGAGAGACCCGGCCUUCUAUAUGCUCUACAAGAGAAUCAUGACAUACUUCAUGAGAUACAAGAAGUUCCAGCCGCAGUACGCUCAAAGCGAGCUCCAAGUGCCUGGAGUGAAAAUCGAAUCGGUGACGAACGUGGACAAACUGUACACGUACUUCGAUAAAUGCGACACUCUGAUUAAUAACGCAGCAUCGGUGGAGAACUUCAAAUACGGAAUGUUCCUUCGUCUGAAGGCUCGUCGUAGCUGCCUCAACUAUCAACCGUUCACGUACAAGAUCAACAUGAACAGCGACAAAGAGAUAAAGGGUACUCUCAGAAUCUUCCUCGGACCGGCCUUCGACGACGUCAAAGAAGACAUGGAGUAUCUGCAGAAAUAUUAUUACUACUUCUACGAAAUGGACAAGUUCACCGUGAACCUGCGCCCUGGAAUGAACACGAUCGAACGUCGCAGCUCUGAAUCUCUGUUCACGGCUCCGGACAUGAUGUCUAGCGACGCGUUCUACGAUAAAUUGAACAACGCGAUCAGCGGAAACGAGCCGUUUAUGUACUCCGAGAAAAUGUUCGGCUUCUCCGAACGUCUGACUCUGCCGCGCGGUAAACCUGAGGGACUGAAGUUCAAGAUGUUCUUCUUCUUCAGCCAGUACGAAGAAGGUGCCGGCGCCUCGUUUACGAUACCGAUGUACGGCAAGGUGAUACUUGACGGAAAACCUUUCGGUUUCCCGUUAGACAGACCCAUGUGGGCUUGGAACUACACCAUCCCCAACAUGUAUUUCAAAGACGUGUACAUUUACAACCGUCAGUACGCAGACAAGGAAAGGUGCAGGGAAAAGACUACGGCCAACAAAAUUCAUAGGCUGUACUUUAAUUUUUCAAAUAAUGAUUCCGUUACUGAAGAUACAUGCUCUUUGCAAGAUAAAAUUGAUAAAUUAACAUUCAAUCUUGCAAUGAGGGAGAAAGAUGUGAAGCAUUAUUUGGAAAAAAGUGAAAACUUAGAAAAACAGACUGCAAAGUUGAGGAAAGAAGUGACCAAAGUAGAACAUGAAUUAAAGACCAAAGACACAGCUAUUCAUGCUUACAAAGAUCAAAUAAACUUCUUUAAGCUACAAAUAACGCAGGUAGAAGAAACAAACAAGGAGCUCGCCAGUGUGAAAAAUAAACUUCAAACUUAUAAGAAUAUACAAGAAUUGCUCCAGGGUUCAGAGAAAGAAGUCAAAGAAAUAUUACUAAGUUCGCAGGAUCGAAACUCACUUGCUACAUACAUAGCUGCGUUGAAAAGAGAACUGCUGAUUACAAUGGACAGACGACGAGAAUGGAGGAGUAAAAUGAGGGUUAUACAACAAGAAUUAUCUAAAGUGACUAUGGAACGAAACUUCUUAACCGAGGAGCAAGCAAAAAGAAAGAAACUGGAACAAGAGGUCCUGACGUACGAAAGUAAAAUAAUGAGUUUAGAGAACGAGAUCAAAGAUCUGAGGGAACAAGGUUCACCGGAGACAUCACAUAUUUGCUGUAAUCGGAAACCUGUCGUUGCGUCGAGCAGCAAACCUUGUGUCAAGUCUAGCAAACCGCUAAGGGUACAAAAUGUAAAAGCUGAUUUCAACGACAGCUCUACCUCUCAUGACCAUGUACCAACUUCUCCGUUCCUUCCCGUGAAUGUUAUGGGAAUAUAUAAUUUAGAGAAACGUCUUCCAAAACGGGACGUAGUAAAAAGUUCAUCGAUUCUGACGAAGAAGCCGCGGAUCGAACAACAAGGAAAUGUACAAACUCGAUCACUGGAAACCAAUAUUACAUACAAUGGUCUUGGAGGCCAUUCGAAACUCGAAAAUUUUCCCAGUUCAUCUGUAUAUAAGACCAGCGAGGAUCCUAACUAUUCGGAGUACGUGAUUAUCAGCAUGAUGAAGACUGCAUUCUUAGCUCUGGCCGCCUUCUGUCUGACGGUCCAGGCUGCGCACCAGCUGCCUAGCCAGGUCGCCGACAAGACCUACCUUACCAAACAAAAGAAUAUCUACGAACUGUUCUGGCACGUGGACCAGCCUACCGUCUAUCAUCCUGAACUCCAUCAGAAGGCGCGUACCUUCAACAUCGUUGAACAUGUGGACAACUACAAUGACAAGGAAGCUGUGAACAAUUUUAUCCAGCUGCUGAAGCACGGUAUGCUUCCACGCGGCUGGACUUUCACACUGACAGACCCGGACAUCAGGCACCAAACGGUGACUCUGUUCCGAGUUCUGCACAGCGCGAAAACGUUCGAUGAUUUCUACAAGACAGCUGUCUGGGCCAGAUUCCACGUUAACGAGUACAUGUACACUUAUGCCCUGGCCGUAGCCGUGAUGCAUCGUCCAGAUACCAAAUACAUCAAGCUGCCUCCGCUAUACGAAGUCGUCCCGCACUUCUUCUUCAACAAUGAAGUCAUACAAAAGGCUGAGAGCAUCGCCAUGGGCAACGAAUCUGGCAUUAAGAAAACUGUAGGCGGAAUCGACACUUUUGUGGUCCCAGCCAACUACAGCGGAUGGUACUGGACCAGACAUCAUACACAUGAGCAAAAAUUAUCUUACUUCACCGAGGACGUCGGUUUGAACGCAUUUUACUUCAUGCUUCAUCAUCAUGCUCCUUUCUUCAUGCCUGGUAACAUUACUCACGUCACUGUCGCACAAACCCGUGGUGAAUACUACUUCUUCACGCACAAGCAACUCUUGACUAGGUAUUACCUUGAGAGACUGAGCAACGGUUUAGGUGAAAUCAGUUAUGUGAGCCUGGACCAUCCCAUAGAGACCGGAUAUUAUCCUACCAUGCAGUUCCGUAAUGGACUUCCGUUCCCUCAAAGAGAAGCCGGUGCCGUUGUACCUCUUGAUUUGUUGAUUCACACACAGGCCAUCAAAGAGUGGCAUCACAGAAUCCUUACCGCCAUCGAUCACGGCUACGUGCUCGAUUCUACGGGCGAAAAGAUAAACAUUUACUCGAGCAACGGACUGAACAUACUUGGUAACAUCGUCGAAGGCAAUGUCGACACCGUUAACGAACAUUUGUACGGUCAUCUCAACAGUUUCAUGAGGAAGGUCUUUGGAUUUGGUCACGACUCGCACGUCAAGUACCACGUGAUCCCUUCUGCUCUUGAGCUUUUCAGUACUAGCUUGAGAGACCCUGUGUUCUACAGCGUCUUCAAGAACAUCCUAACUUACUAUAACAAAUACAAGCAUCACCUUCCGAAGUACACGACUGAGGAAUUAUCCUUCCCCGGAGUGACCAUCGACUCCGUGAACGUGGACAAGCUGACUACCUACUUCGACAACUUUGAAUCUCUGCUGAGCAACGGAUUGUCCGUGCACAGCCAUAAGGAUGCCAAGAAUAUGUUGAUCAAGGCACGCCAACACCGGCUGAACCACAAGCCUUUCACUUACCACAUCUCCGUAACCAGCGACAAGAACACCAAAGCCAUGGUUCGCAUCUUCAUCGGACCGAAAUACGACGAGUUCGGACACGAGCUGGACCUCGAACAUAACUACAUAAACUUUAUGCAGUUGGACGAAUUUGUUGUCAGUCUGAAGAGCGGUAGCAACACGAUUGACAGAAGCAGCCACGAGUCUAUAUUCACAGUCCCUGACGAAGUGCCAAGCGACGUCUUCUACAAGAAACUGCAAGCAGCUAUAGACUCUGGCGAAACCUUCAAAUACUCUAAUCAACCUUACGGAUUCCCUGACAGACUUCUUCUGCCCAAAGGCAAGAAAGACGGAAUGCCGUACAAAUUAUUCGUGAUCGUUUCGCCGUUCGACGAGACCAACGCCGUCCACAUCGAGUCUCCCGUGUGGGGUCAACUGGUCACCGAUGGACAUCCCAUGGGAUAUCCUCUGGACAGGCCUUUACACUCUGUGGACUUUUUUGUGCCCAACAUGUACGUCAAAGACGUCGUCGUUUACCACAAAGAGAUAGAAGAAUUGAACGUUGCUGUUUAAACAUUUGUUUCUUCGUUUUAACUUGUAAGCUAGUAGAUUUUCUAAUGAUGAUUGUAGAGAUGUAGAAAGACAGAAAAUAAAAGAAUGUUUCCAUAA